AGACAAAAACAGAGGAGAGAAAGAGGACAAGAUCAUGAAAUAGAGAAAAGACCAACAAGGAAACUGUAGCUUUUAUAGCUUAGCUAGCGGGUGGAGGAGGAAGGUGUGAACCCAGGUGUCUCCCCGCUGAAACCUACGUGGAGGCACAUUGUCUGUCAUCACCAAAGUCUCCUCCUUUCUUCCUCCCCUGCUCUCUCUCUCUCUCUCUCCUCGUCUCCCUUCUUACAGACACUCCACCAAGAAUCUUCAUUGACUCUCUCUGUCUCUCCCUUUCUAUCCACCGUCUAACCUUCAACUUCCCCGCCAACCCAAUUUAGGGUUCUCCCCUGCCCACUUUUAUAUAUACAUCUGGGUUAGUUGCGAAAUCGGUAGCCGCCUGAAGUAGCAGAAGGAGGCAAUGCAGUCGAAACCUGGUGCUGGACAUAGCCUGCCACCAGAUUCACACGUUGUCCUUCCAUCGUAUGGAGUUCCUUCUGAACCGUGGUGGCGCGGUGUUGGAUAUCACUCUGUAGCUGCAGGCAUGCCCAUAGGAAAUGCCAAAAAUUCAACCGAGGGAUCUGAAUCAACUGAUGAUCAAUCUGUCUCGGAUGACAGAACAAACGAGGAAGAGGACAAUGAUGCUGCAAAAGAAUCACAAGCUACUGCAUCUUCUCGAUCAGUCGGGAAUCAUGGACAUGAGCAUCCCAAUCCGCAGAAUGUUCCUCCAGGCAUGACUACUACGGCUCUGGAUCAGACGCUCGCACAGCCUCCGCAAUUUGAACUCGUCGGUCACUCUAUUGUAUGCACUUCUGCAUAACAAUCUUCCAUUGUUUCACUACAGAGAAAGCAAAAGAAAAACAGAACUGUACACAUUUUAAAGGAUGAAAGGGGAAUUAACUAACGGGGUGCUUUUAGGGAUUGAGCUGCUUGCUAGAGUUGAAACAAUUUGUUCUCACUUCCUAA